AUGCCGGGGUUUGAACGCUCGCCGCUCGGGUUGAACGGGUCCUCGACGUCCGCGUCAGCACCGUCCUCGUCAAAGGCCUCUCUCCACCCCUUCGCGGCCGUCAAGUCGUCCAUCUCAAGGAAGAAGCCUCUCGGUCUUGACAUUUCCCGCUCCAUCCCAAAGGUCCCCGCCGGCGGCCGCGCAGACUCCACCCCAGGCUCUGGCGGCGACGCCAGCUCCGUCAGUUGGUACCCCGAGGCGGACCACCUCCGCCAUCAGAUCGAGCUCCUCCAGCUGUCUGGACGCUCCAGCUCCUCAUCGUACGCGUCCGGUCCCGACGGUCCCGAGUCGCCGCCAAGUCUGUCACCCGUGACAGUUAGUGCGCCCGGCGCCGUGACCUCGGCGCCAUCAAACUCAGCCACCAGCGGCGGCGGCGCGAACCCGACUCCGCCGCCCCGGCCCCCGCGUCGCCAGCUCACCGGCAACAGCAACUCUGCGUCAACCGCGUUGCCCGGGUCCACGUCCACUUCCAACCUCUCUGCCACAGGCUCGACAAGCUCGCGUAGCAAAAAGCACAGCACGAACGGAAAGAAGAAGAAGCACGCCGCGGACAAUGAUGACAUGGUCAAGGAGGAGGACCUUGACGUGCUGUCUGAUCUCGGAGCAGGUAACGGCGGGACCGUGACCAAGGUGUGGAACAAGAAGCGCAAGAGUAUCAUGGCCAAAAAGCUCAUCCUCGUCGACGCCAAACCUGCGGUGCGCAAGCAGAUUCUGCGCGAGCUCCAGAUCAUGAACGACUGCGCCUCGCCUUACAUCGUCAGCUACUAUGGAUGCUUCCCCGUCGACGUCCACGUCGGCAUCGUCAUGGAGUACAUGGACCUCGGAUCGCUCGACUACAUCUGUCGCAACACUGGUGCUAUCCCAAUCGACAUUGUGGGCAAGGUUGCCGAGUCUGUGCUCCAGGGUCUCGUCUACCUCUACGACGUGCAUCGCAUCAUCCACCGUGACAUCAAGCCCUCCAACAUUCUCGCAAACUCGCAGGGCCAGAUCAAGAUCUGCGACUUUGGCGUGUCUGGAGAGCUCAUCAACUCGAUCGCCAACACAUUUGUGGGCACGAGCACGUACAUGAGCCCCGAGCGUAUCCAGGGCGCGCAGUACACCAUCAAGUCGGACGUGUGGUCGCUGGGCAUCUCGCUGGUCGAGCUCGCCCAGGGCCGUUUCCCCUUUGCCGACCCGCCCGACAGCGACUCGGAGUCGUGUGAUGGCCUCGACGACGACGAGCGCCAGCCCGCCGAGAACACGUUCGACCCCGACGCGACCUUGCCGCUGUCUUCGCAGCGCCCACAGCUGUCGCCCACCACCAAGCGCCACCGCAAGCGCGGCGUCUCGCUCGGCGGCGGCGGCAUGACCAUGUCCAUUCUCGACCUGCUCCAGCACAUUGUCAACGAGCCCGCGCCGCGUCUCGUCUCCCGCCGCGAACAGUUCCCCGACUCGGCCGUCCUGUUCGUCGACGCGUGUCUCUACAAGGACCCUGCCGCGCGCAAGUCGCCCCAGGAGCUGCUCGAAUCUGACUGGAUCAAGAACUCAAAGGUCACGCAGGCGGACCUGCGAUCGUGGGCCGAGGGCGUCGCCGAGGCCCAGAAGCCUUGA